CCCAAUUCUACUACAGCCCACGUAGCCCUGUCAACCAAAAGCCUCUCUCUCCCUCUCUCUCUCUCUCUCGUGCUAUCUCACCAUCGACAAUCCAUCGAACACCAUGCGGGGCUUCGGCAAGCUAGCCGCAGUCUCCGGCCGGCCCAUGACCGUCCCCGCCUCCGCCGCGGCGGUGUCCUACUCCACCUUGACUGGUGGAGGCGGUGGAAGAGGAAGAGGCCGGGGUUCUGGGACCCCGUCCCGUGUCCCGGGCCAACCCGAUUCCAACGCCGGUGAUGACGACCUUUUCGCCCCUCCAGGCGUCGGCCGCGGGAGGGGACAACCCGUGCUUCCUUCGUCUCCCGUCCUUCCCUCCUUCUCGUCUUGGAUGUCUUCCGAGAAACCCGCCGUCGGGCGGGGCCGCGGUCGCUUAGCGCCGCCUCCGCCGGAUUCCUCCGAAACCUCUUCUGAUAUGCUACCUAAAAAGCCCAUAUUUUUCAAGCGGGAGGAUGUCGCCGUAUCUCCGGUAGAGAAGCCUGAGUUUGCCGAUGCGGAUGAAGUCGAACCGCUUCCUCUCAGCCUGUCCUCUGGACUCGCUGGUGCCGGAAGGGGCAAGCCCACCCGAUCGGCUGAACCCGACUCCAGGGCGCGCGAGGAGAACCGGCAUCUCCGGCCAAGAGCGGCUCCAAGGUCGACACUGGGAACAUCUGAUCAGACGUCGAGCCAGCCUAGAAUGGGACGGGAGGAGGCCGUGAGGAAGGCGGUGGAGGUCCUGUCUCGCGGCGGCCCCGGCGGUGGGAGGGGUCCUGGUAGGGGAAGAGGAGGGAGAGCAAUGAUGCGAGGAAGAGGGAGAGGUGGGAGAUUUAGGGGACGAGGAGCGGGGGAAGCUGAUGAAGAUAUUGGCAUUUACCUCGGAGACAAUGCUGACGGGGAGAAGCUGAAGAAGAGGCUUGGAGAAGAGAAGAUGAAACAGUUGUCUGAAGCGUUCGAGGAGAUGAGCUGGACAGCUCUGCCUUCUCCAUUUGAGGACGCAUAUUUGGAUGCUGUACAUACUAACAACAUGAUCGAAUAUGAACCGGAAUACUUGGUUGAUUUUGAUAAUCCGGAUAUUGAUGAGAAGCCUCCAAUGUCCCUUCUUGAAGCACUGGAGAAAGCUAAGCCAUUCUUGAUGGCAUAUGAAGGGAUACAGAGCCAAGAAGAAUGGGAGGAAGCUGUGAAAGAAAUUAUGGAAAAGCUACCUUAUAUGAAAGAGCUUAUGGAUGUUUACUGUGGACCUGAUAGAGUUACUGCUAAGCAACAACAGCAAGAGUUGGAAAGAGUGGCAAAAACUCUUCCAGAGAAUGCAGCUUCUUCCGUGAAGAGGUUUACUGAGCGAGCACUUCUGUCUCUGCAGAGCAACCCGGGCUGGGGUUUCGACAAGAAAUGCCAGUUCAUGAACAAGCUUGUCUGGGAGGUAUCACAGUAUUACAAGUAGUGACUGGAUACCUAUGAGACAUGGUCUCUGCUGAAGUGUCCUCUUUUUCUUUAGUAAAUCAAAGAAGCUUUUGUGGAAGCUGAGAGGAGUUAAGAUUUCUGAUCAACAGACAUGAUGCAUCUGAUAUGCCAUGCUAUUUAGCACCUUUUCUUUCAAUCUUUUGAAUAAAUGUCUUCCUACUAGCUUGUGUGGACUGAAAAGUUCUGUUUAAUUAUCUGAAGACGACAAAUAGGAGGUUUGCCGUUUUCC